AAGAAAAACAUUCAUUUUCAUUCUUCACAUCCCUCCAAGUUCUCCCCCAAAUCAAGUUCCCAAAACCCACCGAAAGAACUCUUCUUCAUCAGACAUCAGCAGCUCAUUCACAACUCACAGCAAAAUCAAAACUUUAUAAAAACUUGUACCAUUUUUUUCCUAGUCUUCACCAACCAUUCUCAUCUUUUAUCCCAAGAUCUACCCUUUUAUAUUCCCCUAAUCAAACCCACCAAAUAAACAGUAGCUUACACUUAAACUUUGAGAGGAGAGAGAAAAAGAGCACAAAAAAAUGGCGGGUUAUGGAGAUGCAAGCCAGAAGGUUGAUUAUGUGUUCAAAGUGGUACUUAUUGGAGACUCAGCAGUGGGUAAGUCUCAGAUUUUGGCUCGUUUUGCAAGAGAUGAGUUUAGCUUGGAUUCAAAAGCAACAAUUGGUGUUGAGUUUCAGACUCGAACCCUCGUCAUUCAACACAAGAGUAUAAAAGCCCAGAUCUGGGAUACUGCCGGCCAAGAACGGUACAGAGCCGUCACAAGUGCAUACUACAGGGGUGCAGUCGGUGCUUUAUUGGUUUAUGACAUAACAAAACGGCAAACCUUUGAACACAUACCACGAUGGCUUGAAGAGUUACGUGGCCAUGCGGACAAGAACAUCAUCAUCAUGCUUAUCGGGAACAAAUCCGAUCUUGAAGAUCAACGAGCAGUGGCAACAGAGGAUGCCAAAGAGUUUGCUGAAAAGGAAGGGCUUUUCUUUCUUGAAACCUCGGCACUUGAAGCCACAAAUGUAGAAACAGCUUUUAUUACUGUCUUGACUGAGAUUUUCACUAUUGUAAACAAGAAGACCUUGGCUGCCAAUGAGGAUCAAAGUAACGGCAAUUCUGCGCCGCAGGCUGGGAAGAAGAUCUUAGUUCCUGGCCCUGGUCAAGAAAUUCCAGCUAAGAAAGGAUUGUGCUGUAGUUCUUAAACAUGCUUUGAAAUUUUGGUCUUAUAGUGGUCGGUCGUAUAAUUGUUUGCUUUCCAUUUUAAUUUCUACCAUAUUUGAAGACGGAGAAGAUUGUAUCUGAUGAUGAGGUUGAGGAGAGAUUUUUGGGUGGUUGGUUGCUAAGUCUGGUUUGUAAAAAAGAAAAAAGUGUCGGUUAGCUUGUUUGGAAGAAGGUACAGCUAGUUGAUCUCAUGCGUGAUAUUGUUGAUUUAUCCUUAAAUAUUACAGUCUUAAUCCAAGCGUAUUACAUGGAUAA